CGAAGUUUGAUUUAUGAGUCGGGCGCAGCCCCGCCUCCCUGUCAUAAUCGUGUACCUGGUGCGCGCGCGCGCCGCCGCUCGCCGCCCGCCGCCCGCCGCCGCCUCGCGCUCAGUCCCGCUUCAGAUGGCGAGCGGAGCGCCCGGCUGCAACCCGUUUACGUAGCCAGCGAGCCCUGCCCGCGAGCGCGAGUGACCCGGCGCCGGUCCCGCGGAGUACACCCUGCCAUGCGCCGGCUGUGACCAGCGCGCACCACCAUGCCGCGCGUCAAGCCCGCCUGCGUCCGCCGCGUGUCCAUCGGUACCUACCCAACACCAUACCAGACCCACCACACCACGCAAUACAUGGAACAGUGAUAACCACCCGGUGAUAUAAUAACGCGAUAAGUUACGGUUCGCCCUCGUUACGGUUGUUUGAGAAAAUGAUACAGUUAGCGACGAUAAAAUUCGGCAUCCACAAGAGAGCGGGCGCUAAAGCUCGCUGCCAGCGCGGUGAAAGCUCCGGAUCGUGCUCUGAAGAAGAAAUAAACAAUGUAUCGGACGAAGUUAGAGAGAGGCCAGAGGCCCAUAUGUGCCCGCGUUGCCAAGAGCAAUUCGAGAGCCUACACGAAUUUCUUUAUCACAAGCGACUCUGUGAUGAAAAAGCGCUGCAAAUGGGAGAGGAAAGAAUGCACUCCGACCCUGAGGAGAUGGUCGUCUCCGGAGACGAGGAGAUGGAUGGCCCUAAUAAAAGACUAGAGCAGGUUAGGCGGCAUAGACAAGAUGCCGAAAAUAAUAACAGCCUCGAAGAUGGCGAGGCAGAAGUACCCGAAGCGGACGUACCGCCAGUAGGACUACCUUUUCCUGUCGCCGGCCAUGUCACGCUGGAGGCAUUACAGAACACGAAAGUAGCCGUAGCCCAAUUCGCCGCAACUGCAAUGGCAAAUAACGCUGACAACGAAGCGGCUUUACAUGAACUUGCCGUAUUACAAAGCACACUCUUCACGCUGCAACAUCAACAAGUAUUCCAACUGCAACUGAUACGACAACUGCAGAAUCAACUGUCGUUAACGAGACGGAAAAGCGAUCAUAACCCGAGUCCUCCGCCGAGUGAACCGGAGGCCAACAUGCCAGCGCCCACCGCUCGAUCACCGUCGCCGCCUCGUCCGCCACGGGAGCCAACUCCUGCUGCACCCACUCCCCCCACUAGCCAAAGCUUGCCUUCGACCCAUGCGCAUCUUAAAACGGAACCCAUUUCUGUCCCUAAGCCUCCAACAUCAUCCCCACCAAUGAUGACACACCCACUCUACAGCUCUAUAUCGUCAUCAUUAGCGUCCUCGAUCAUUACGAAUAACGAUCCGCCGCCGUCCCUCAACGAACCUAAUACGCUUGAAAUGCUGCAAAAACGCGCACAAGAAGUGCUAGAUAAUGCAUCACAAGGUCUGUUAGCAAAUAAUCUUGCCGAUGAAUUAGCUUUUCGUAAAUCUGGAAAGAUGUCUCCCUAUGACGGGAAAUCUGGAGGACGGAACGAGCCUUUCUUCAAACAUCGCUGUCGAUAUUGUGGAAAAGUUUUUGGAAGCGACUCAGCAUUACAAAUUCACAUCCGAUCUCAUACAGGCGAACGACCUUUUAAAUGUAACGUGUGUGGAUCUCGGUUUACGACCAAAGGAAACCUAAAAGUACAUUUCCAAAGACACACUGCUAAAUUCCCACAUGUAAAGAUGAAUCCCAAUCCGGUGCCAGAACACUUAGACAAGUAUCAUCCACCAUUAUUAGCGCAGCUAUCACCGGGGCCGAUUCCUGGGAUGCCACCCCAUCCACUACAGUUCACACCAGGUGGGCCGGCUCCUUUCCCGCCGAGCUUGCCACUGUACAGGCCACCACAUCACGAUUUAUUACCACCUCGUCCUCUGGGAGACAAACCACUUCCACCUCAUCCACUUUUCGGUAUGCGAGAAGAACAAGAUGCUCCGGCUGAUCUCAGUAAACCCUCCGCGCCGAGCCCUUCCCGAUCUGCACCUGAAGUUAAGUCUGAACCACAAGAUGAAGAAAGUCAUCGAGAAUCGAGUUUUGAAGAACCUGACCGUGUAUCGCCCAAACGGGAACCAGAUGAAAACGAGACUGCACAUGAUAACGAACAAGACAGAUAUCCAUCUACAUCACCAUACGAUGACUGCAGCAUGGACUCGAAAUACAGCAAUGAAGAUCAAAUUGGAAGAGAUAGUCCACACAUGAAGCCCGAUCCAGACCAACCGGAAAAUCUCUCAAGUAAGAAUUCACCGAUAUCCGGGCCAAUUUCAAUAGCAACGGGACUUCGUACCUUUCCUUCAUUUCCCUUGUUUCCCCAAUCUCCACCUAGCAGUAUGUCCUCUGGUAGUAUAACUCCAUUCAAUAUUUCCCAUAAUGUUGUUGACGCUGACUUAUCGCGGGACCCCGUGUUUUAUAAUUCUCUGUUACCACGCCCAGGUAGUAAUGAUAAUUCUUGGGAAAGUUUGAUAGAAAUAACUAAAACAUCUGAGACAUCUAAAUUACAACAAUUAGUAGACAAUAUUGAUAACAAGCUUACUGAUCCUAAUGAAUGUAUUGUAUGUCAUCGCGUUCUUUCUUGUAAAAGUGCUUUGCAAAUGCAUUAUCGAACACAUACUGGUGAAAGACCUUUUCGAUGCAAAUUGUGUGGUCGAGCAUUUACGACUAAAGGCAAUUUAAAAACGCAUAUGGGCGUCCAUCGCAUUAAACCUCCAACUCAAAUGUUGCACCAAUGCCCGGUAUGCCAUAAGAAAUUCACAGAUCCAACAAUUUUACAUCAACAUAUCAGACUGCACACGGGUGAACGUGUCAACAUGGCUUUUGAUUCAGUUCAUAGUAUAAAUUUUAACGGUUUUCCAUUAUCGAACAGCGGGUCAGACGUCAAUGUCUAUCCUUACCGACCCGUACCUCCUCCUCUGUUCCCCACUCCGUCCACUCCCGGCGACCGACGGGCGGACUCCCGCGGGACCGACGAUGAGAGCGGCCGGGACGAGCGUGAGCCCGCUAUUCGGGAGUUCGACGACGACUCUGAUAUGAAAGAUCGUCGAACUUCGCCGCUCUCCGUCUGCGCCUCGGCGUCCGAAUGUGAAGUAAAAACCAUCACCACAACGGCUUCCCUCCCAUCGGCGACAGGUUCGGAGAGCGGGCGGAGCGCGCGGGCCUCGCCGCCGUCGCCGACGAUGUCGACGCUGUCGACGCCGCCGCGGCCGCCGCCGCACUCGCCGCAGCUGUCACCGCCCGCACCGCUCGCCGCGCUCGGCGCUCUCGGCGGAUCACCCUUCAGCCCGCUCGGACUCGCGUUCCCUCCCGCAGUGCGUGGCAACACAACGUGUAACAUCUGCUACAAGACAUUCGCCUGCAACUCGGCGCUCGAGAUUCAUUACCGCAGCCACACCAAGGAACGACCUUUUAAGUGCUCCGUCUGCGAUCGCGGUUUUUCUACAAAGAGCAGUGGCGGCGGUUGCCGCUGCGGGAGGCGCGCGCGCGCACCCCGCCCUCCGCACGCCACUGCUUUGGAUUUCUGGAACGCCUUCGUCUAUCCGGGUAACAUGAAACAACACAUGUUGACGCACAAGAUCCGCGACAUGCCCCCCGGAUUCGACAAGGCCCCACCGACGCCCAACGAUGAACCUCGAGAGCCGAGCCCCGACAGGCGAUCCUCCCCCGACAAGAUGGACCUCAAGAGAUCGCCGCCAGUCCACACGCCGAUGUCACAUCAACCUUCGAUAGAUAUGCCGCCAAUGCCCAAACGACCGAGCGUUCCGAGCGGCCCUACCCAUCCGCCGCCGCCGACGUCAUCGAAGCACCUGUGCGGUGUCUGUCGCAAAAACUUUUCGUCAUCGUCUGCUCUACAGAUUCAUAUGCGUACGCACACGGGAGACAAGCCGUUCCGUUGUGCAGUCUGCCAGAAGGCGUUCACCACUAAGGGGAACCUAAAGGUGCACAUGGGUACGCACAUGUGGAGCGGGGGCGCCUCCAGACGCGGUCGCCGCAUGUCACUGGAGCUGCCGCCUCGACCGCUGCACGAACCACACGACUUACUGAGGCGCCCUGACCUGUUCUACCCUUACCUGCCCGCGCCAUUUCUCAACGGCAUGCAGCAAAAGCUGAACGAGAUAUCAGUGAUCCAACAAAGCGCGGGUCAAAACGGAGUCGGGAAGUUCCCCGGCCUACUCGGCUUCGGAGCCUUCGGUGGCGCCCGGCCCGGUGCCGCAUCCCCCUUGGAGAGGCCGCCGUCGUUGGAAGGCGGCGACGAAAGGCAAGCGGCGAUGCGCGAGUUAGCUGAAAGAGGCCGUGAGUUGGCCGAAAGAAGCCGACAGCUGCGCGAAGAAGGAGACUACCGAUCGCCGCCCGCGCACGCCCCCCUCGCCCCGCCCCCCACACAGCCCUCCUCCCCCGCCCCGCACCAUCCCCACCCGCAUCCUUUAGCCUCCCUCCCUCCCCCUGCACGCACCGAAGGCCUCACCGUCUAAAAAUCCUCAACACCCUAACAUUCCAAAAUCUAACUCCAGAAAAUGAGGGCCGAUGACGUAUUGAAGUGUCAUGUUUAUAUUGUACAAAGAUUAGUAGCAUAAAAAGAAAAUUUAAGGGACUGAUAAAUUACGACGAAGCGAGUGUUGUAGCAUAAUGAUGUGCAAAGUGUAGUGCUGUAUGUAACGAAUUGUUAUUCCACGUGUUUCAUACGCCUAGUAUUAUUGUAAGUAACUUAUAAAUGCACGAGUACGGGCCUGGGGCAAUCGGGGGCUCGACCCCACGUUAAUGUCAUUACUCUGUGAUAGUGCACAUUCGAGAGGCUGUGUCUGUGUGUACUGGACGACGAUGUUUUAGGAACGCUAUCGGAUAUCUCUCAUCUUUAUUAGAUGCAGUCUAAUGUGCUAUGACAUGAAAUAUUAUUAAAUUAUCCCAAAAAUUAAUUAUCUUAAAUCUAUAUCUAUUAAAUGUAAAUAAAUUGUAUCAUAGUCUCGAGCGUAUAUAGUUUAUUAUGUAUUACGAUUUAAAAUUAAUUAAAAUUAUUAUUGUUGCUAUACUAUACGACUUGUAACUGGAGGGCGAUAUGCAUGAUUUUUGUCUCCACAUUCCAACCGAAAGAUGUUACUCAAGUACUCAAAAUACGAGGAGAUACUUUAUUUAAAUGAAAAGGUAACACAAUAAACCUUGAGCCACUCAAACUGAUUAACCUAAGACUUGUUUAACGAUAUCUGUCUUCAUACCAAUGUAAUUAAGUGAAAAAUCGAACAAAAUUCUAAAACGCAUAAUUGUAAAAUACCUAUUUAUUGUUAGGUAUUCAAUAUUCUACAACAUUUAAAUAUGGUAACAGAGGUUAAUGACAUAUUCAUAUCAUGUAAAUUAUGAAAAAAAGUAUUUGCAUUUGAGGUCUAUAGUUGUAAGUAUUUAGAGUCAUAGAUAUAAUGUUGCUUUAGAAUAUUUCGACAUAUCUUUGUAAAAAUGGGAGCGGCUGGUGUUGAAACAAAUCUAAAACACGAAAGGAAUGAAUGGUUACUUUAAGUUGUUUCAAAGUCACUCUCUGAGCAGACUGACCCACUGAUUUGUCCAUACGAAACAUUUCUUUCCAAAUGUGCAUUUUAAUCAAUGCUUACUUUAGUCACUUAUAGUCGUUUUGAUGAUAAGUUUAACACGAAAAAAAUGCAUUCACAGCAUUUUAUAUUUUGAGUACGUUAGUUAUGUGUAUAAAUUUUCCUACUAAAUUAUUUAUAUAAACUAUAAAUCAUGCAUACACUCUUAGUAUUAAACGGAUGCUUGUGAGGCGAUAGGGCUCACUAAACAAUUUAGUUGUUUAGGGUAAAUUUUCAUAGCACCUAUGAGUUAAUUUCAAGUUGCGAAUAGACAUAGAGAGUAGUGUUAGUCAUGAAUAUGAUGUGUCAUGUCAUGUCAGUAUAAAUAAUCAUUGUAAAUUAUUAAAUGUUUAUGUAAAUGUCCAAAAAGUAUUCAAAUUAUUUAAAAAAAAAACAAUUAUAGUGAUAAUUUCUUUUUUUUUUCUUUUUGUUUUACCGGUCCCGCUCAUUCCCUUCUGUUUUUUUUUUAAUUUUCAUUCACACAUACAUUUCUGGUUACAACAACACAAUACUAACACAAAAUUCACAUAAAUAUUUCACAAAAUAUUUUAAAUGAGUGCAUCAUUCGUGUAAUUAAGAUUCUCUUGAUAAACUUUAAAUGAUCCUCAAAAAGUGUUAAUUGCACACCAAAUAUAUAUUAUUGCAAAACUAUAGGGCAGUGUAGGUUGGCAAUUGUAUAUGAUUUUAAUGCAAUUACUAUUUAUUUUAGGAUCAUUUAAAUAUCACUCCAAUUCAUUAAAGAUCUCAGGCCCAACAAUGCAACGCUAAACGUGGCAUGUAUUGUCAUAAACAGUUGCUUCGUAACUUAUCCAACCCCACAACAAAUAUAAUAAUACUAAAUAUAUUUGUUACGGAUAAAAAGUAUCCUUUGUUUCAAUCCAGGUAAAAUACUACGUGUGCCAAAUUUCAUCCAAAUCUGCUCAGCCGUUAUUGCGUGAUUAAGUAACAAACAAAUAAAUAACAAAUGCGUGAUUAAGUAAUAUUAAUAACUUUUAUAACAUUAGUUAGGAUGGCGUGUAUGUAAACAUGUACGUGCAAGAGUCUGUCAGGUUUCCACAAAAUAUCAAAACUCUUCAAUCGAUCGACCUUGACCUCAAACACUAAGGUUGAAAUUCUAUUGAGAAUUCUAACAGUUUUGUAUAUAAGCCAAAAUAGAAACUAAUAUAAUAUGGCGUCACAUGACACUGUCUCACCCGCUCUUAUAAGAGGAAUAAUGUGUGAGAGUCGGAAUGUUGUGUAAUCAUUUUAAAUUAUAUAGUUUGUUUCUAGGCGCGAGUUAUAAUAAUUAUAGUGGCAAACUACAUUAUCUGUUGUUACAGUUUUACCUUAAGAACGAGAAGCUACUGGACUAAUUUCUUUACUACAAACAUACACUUAUGGCCAAUUCAUACUGGUACAGAGUGGAAGCACAUCGAAGCGUCAAUCAGAAACAUAACAAAGCAAGUUCACCCUUAUCUCCGCAACGUAGUGCACAUAUUCGUAUAGUAUAUGGAAACUAUUUAUAAAAAUAUAUGUUUCAAGUUAUACGAAAACUUGUUGUAAUAUAUUCUAUAUAUUUGACGACCUCCAUUUGGUCGAGGGGUCGCCGGGUUUCGAGGUGUCUCCUACUCGAGAGGUCCCAGGUUCGUCGAAUCCCGGUGGGGGCAGAUGUUUGUGUGACGAAUACGAGCAAUUUGUACUCCAGUCAUGGAUGUUUAAUACGUAUUUCUAUAUAAAUAUACUUAUUUAUGCAUCAGUAUAUGUAUUCUAUCCGUUACCCUAG